UGAAACACCUCUCGAUUACACUGCUGCAGUUCGCUUAGCGCUAGAGGCACAUGUGGUAGUCUGCUUCUUCUUCUGCUUCUGUUUAAAGCGUGUUUAAUUAUAUUUUAUUGAUGCAACACCCCUGACAAGACUUAAAGGAGCAACAUUUUAGAUGCUGCUAAACAGGCAACAUGCCAUUACUUAACCAAGCUGUAGUGUGUCAUUAAAAACGUGGCGUAAAGGCAACUUAAAGCAGCAAUAUCUUUAAACUUGGAUCUGCUCUGGGUCUCUUUUAGUUUGUCGUUCUCGUCAUGUCUUCCUUGGAGUGGGCUGAGUGUCAGCUUGCAGAGAUAGAGCUGCUGAUGAGCAUGUUUCCCACCCAGGAGGAGCUGGAGAUCACAGACCAGCUGGCACUGGCUGAGCUCAGGGAGUAUGUGGAGGGCUCAGACACAGCAGGCAGCCCUCCUCCCUCCAGACCUCAGUUUCUCAUCAAACAGAAGCUGGACACUGCAAGCAUGGAUAUGAGAGAUGUUAUACUAUCUUGUGCUUAUCCAUCCGAGUAUCCCAGUGUGUUACCAGAGAUCACAGUCCGGUGUUCUGAUCUGAGCAGAGCCCAGCAGACACAGCUCCAUGGGGAUCUCAACUCGUACCUCUUUGAAAACUGCCAGGGGGAAGUAUGUGUGCUCUCAGCUGUGGACUGGGUGAAAGACAACCUGCAGCUCUUUAUUAACAAGAGUUUAUCAGCAGCACCAACUUCUAAAAAGGAGACUGUUUCUUCACACUCGGAGGAAGUGUUCAGUCGACUGUGGAUUUACAGUCACCACAUCUACAACAAGACCAAGAGAAAGAACAUCCUGGAGUGGUCCAAGGAGCUAGGCCUUUCAGGGUUUAGCAUGCCUGGAAAGCCUGGCAUUGUGUGUGUGGAAGGUCCUCAAUCGGCCUGCGAGGAGUUCUGGUCCAGAGUGAAGGUUCUGACAUGGAAGAAGAUCAUGAUUCGACAUAGAGAGGACAUUCCCCUUGAUCAUCAGGGCGAGGACAGCAGGACUGUUGAAGAUAUAGACUCCCUGCGCAAAUUCACAGGCUUUGAAGAGGCGAUGUUUGACCCCCAUGGGAACAGAGGUAAUCACAUGGACCUUGGGCAGCUGUACCAGUUUUUAAAUGAGAAAGGCUGUUGUGACAUCUUUCAGAUAUAUUUUGGCAUUGAAGGGAGGUAGCUGACAGAACAAUACACUUGUUCCUUUUCGUUGAAGUCUCUGUUUCUGAAAAUAAGAUUGAACUUACAUUGAAAUGUAUUCAUCACAGUUUUAGAGCAUUUUUGUGUUUCACAUGAGAGCACAUAAAUGGAAUGUGAGCAGAUAAGUGAUAAAUAAAUCCCCUUUUUAUGGCUGCAGCUCAGGGACCUAAUAAAACAAAAGCUGAAAGAACAUGUCCGCAAUUAGAAAAACAGAGAUCUUACUUCUUUUAGCUAAUUGAGUUUUUUUUUUUUUAAAGAUGCAUUUAAAGAUGUUUUUCUCUGGGAGUUUCUCAAGGACUGCAGCUAUAUUAGUAAAUGUAAUACAUCUCAG